AUGGAGAUUGUUCAACAACCCGAGUGGCCAAGGACGGCUGUGUUGGACGAAGGCGUCCCGGAAUACCAGCUUCGUCAGUCGGCAAGGGCUGACAGCGCUGGCACCCGCGAUGUCAACGGCGCCGGGGACACCCGUCAGAGGCUGAGCGCCGCAGGCGUCAGCAGCGGGCACACGAAGUGGUCCAUGCUGUACUCGCUGGUCGUGGCCGGUGUGGUCGAGCUGAGCCUCAUAGUAGCCGUGGUGUACAUGCGGCGGAUGGGAAGCGGCGGCGAAGGUGACGACCGCGUGUUCCGCCUAUCGGGAAGCGACCUGCGCAUGGUCACACCCUACGCCAACCACACCACCGUGGCCGACGUGCCCGGGCUGUGCGGAGCGAUACCCAGGAAGGUGUACAGUCGUGGAGGCACGGUCGCCGACUGCACGGUAGCCUUCGCGCUCUGCAUGGCCGUAGUGGCUCCGCACCGGGUUGGCCUGGCCGGAGGGUUCUUCGCCACCGUCUAUGAAAGGAAAUCCAAGCAGGUGGUCGUACUCGACGCGCACGCGAUGGCUCCGCGGAACAUGAGCGAGGCGGAGGACGUCAACGCUUCGAACCCUGCGUCGAGUGCCGGAGGUAAGUUCAUGGCCACUCCGGGUUACCUUCCGGGGCUCGAAGCCCUGCAUUCGCGGUUCGGUCGGCUUCCGUGGCCAUCGCUGUUCGAGAACGCCAUCUCGCUGGCACACUUCGGCUUCCCCGUAUACCCGGAGUUGGCGGCCAUCUUGGCACGCUUCCGAAACGCCAUCUCGCGGAGACCCUCUCUCAGGCAGAUUUUCUGGAACCGGCAAACCAACGCGGUGUACAGCGUGAACGAGACGCUGCUGCAGCCGAAGCUCACUCUCACCCUCCUCCGAGUGGCGCGCGAGGGCUCCAAAGCGCUCAGCCAAGGAACGCUGGCCAGGCAGUUCAUCGGCGACCUCGAAGAUCUCGGAUCCAUGGUGUCGCAAGAGGACCUGGUGUUCUACCGGCCGGCGUGGAAAGCUCCCGUGCGCAGCGUGCCCUUGGCCGGAGUUCGGCUGCACGCCCCGCCGCCUCCGGGCGGAGGUGUCCUGCUGGCAUUCGUGCUGGCCACGAUGGACAUGUUCCGGUCCAGCAGGAAGGACUUGCUGAGCGACGGGCCACUCACCUACCACCGGCUGAUCGAGGCGAUCAAGUUCGCGCACCCGUUCCGGGAGGACCUCGGCGACGACGCGGUCGAGAACGUCGUCGACACGGUGGCCAACCUGCUGUCCCGCGGCCAAGCGCUCAAGACGAGCGGGCGCAUCAGUGACACGUCCACCUACUCGGACGCCAUAUUCUACGUGUUCGACAUGGAAAUGGUGCGCGAGGCCAUUCGCGGCGUCUCCGAGAAGGUGGCGCUCGAGCACUACUCCGAUCUGCCAAGGGUCCCCGAGCACGACCGCAGCCGAGGCAGGCGCGAUGGGAGCGUCCACUACGACCGUGCCACUAGGAAAGGGAGGUCACGGAUGGGCUCCCACGACGCCUCGGCGUCCACGGGCCUGGUGCUGAACAACGAGCUACACGCGUUCACGUCGCGCCUGCCCGACCGGUACCUGGGCCACGCCGGCGUGUCGCUCAACUUCGCGCGGCCCGGAAAGCGGCCCCUGUCGCCCCUGGCGCCCUCGCUGCUGCUGGACGCUGCCGGAGGACGGCUCGUUGCCGCUCUGGCCACCUCCGAAGACUUCGAGCUGCCGCAGUACGCCGCCUUGGUGCUGUGCCAGCUGUUACUGAUGAACAAGACCGCGGCAGAUGCUGUGAGUGCAUCCAAAGUCCGCUAUCGUGCCAGCAUCAAGGGCAUUCUCUACGACAGCGACCUCCCACCGGAGACCGUGCGGACACUCCGGAGCAAGGGUCACCGCAUGUUUCUACUAGAGGACGAUGUCACCAAUGCCGCCGCCAUUUUCAGCGAUGAAGACCGCUUUGUCUACGCUGCAGUCAACAAUCGUAUCGGUGGUUAUUGCGACGGCAACUGAAUUCAAGCUGCGGCUACGCCAUCUACAAAGGGCACGCACACCUAUCUGCAGUGCUGGAGGGUGCCACACAUGAAUGAUUCAACAGUUCCAUGUGUUCGAUCUAAUAUGUCAUAGAGACUACAGCGUAGCACAAAUUCGGUGCUUAAUGUUUAUUGAAAAUAAUGCAAUGAACUCUAAUGUGGAAGCUUUUUAGCUUGUACAUUAUUCAGCAAGUGAUAAAUAUGGAAAAUGAAGUCAUUAUGAAAGCUCAUCUUGUGCGACUUGUGCUUCCUUAACAGGAGAGAAAGACAUUAUCAUUACUAUUGUUAGCGCAUGCA